CUGCUGUUAAUGGCAGUGUUGGUAAACGUGCAGUUUAAAACGUGUAGCUUGUAAACAAAAAUAAAAGAUUGAAAUGGGCUUUCGAGUUUUGGAGCUAUUUAGCGGCAUUGGCGGCAUGCAUUAUGCAUUUAAAUAUGCGCAAUUGGAUGGAGAAAUAGUUGCUGCUAUGGAUGUGAACACCGUGGCCAAUUCGGUUUAUACUCACAAUUACGGAAGUGCUAUUGUAAAGACCAGAAAUAUCCAGAGCCUGAGUGUAAAGGAGGUUGAGAAGCUGCGGCCCAACAUGCUACUGAUGUCCCCGCCCUGCCAGCCCCACACCCGCCAAGGACUGCAAAGAGACACGGAGGACAAGCGGUCGGACGCACUUACUCACCUUUGUGGGCUCAUUCCGGAGUGCCAGGACCUGCAGUACAUUCUCAUGGAGAACGUGAAGGGCUUCGAGAGCUCGCAAGCGCGAAAUCAGUUCGUUGGAGCGCUCGAGAAGGCGGGAUUCCAUUGGCGGGAGUUUAUACUAACACCCACGCAAUUUAAUGUUCCAAAUACCCGACAUCGAUACUAUUGCAUUGCCCGCAAAGAUCUGGACUUUCCGUUCGCUGGCGGGAAGAUCUGGGAGGAAAUGCCGGCGAGCAAAGCUCAGGAUCAGGACCUUACGCAAAUCUCCGAGAUCCUAGAGGAAAAUGUAUCCUCAGAUUUCCUCGUGCCCGAUAAUGUUUUAACCAAAAGGGUUCUGGUCAUGGACAUAAUUCAUCCGGAGCAAAGUAGAUCGAUGUGCUUCACAAAGGGCUAUACCCACUACACUGAGGGCACGGGCUCUGCAUUUACACCCCUCUCGCAAGCGGAAUCACAUAGAAUCUUCGAGUUGGUCAGGGUAAUCGAUGAAAGCAAUCAGGAAACCGUGAAAUCGGAGGAAGUCCUGCAGCAACGCUUGGACCUCCUGCAUCAAGUUAAACUGCGAUAUUUUACACCUCGCGAAGUGGCUCGUCUAAUGAGUUUUCCAGAGGAUUUCAACUUUCCCGCAGAGACAACGAACCGGCAAAAGUAUCGUCUUCUGGGAAAUAGUAUAAAUGUUAAGGUCGUUGGCGAACUCAUUAAAUUGUUAACCACGAAAUAA